AUGAACGCAGCAAAGUGUGAGGCGCCCGCCCAAACCGCCCGUACAGACUCGGCCGCGCAUGCGCCAAGCUCACGCCCCAGACACUCUCCCUUGGACAUUUUCGCCGCGUGCCGCGCUGAAGGCCGCCCCGCGUACAUUGCCGGCCCCAUGGUCCGCUACUCCAAGCUCCCUUUCCGCGAGCUUGUGCGCCUUUACAACACAGACUUGGUCUACAGCCCUAUGAUUCUCGCCCGAGAGUUUGUGCGCAACGGCACGGCGCGCGCCACCGAUUUUUCCACCAACUCGCGCGACUCGCCGCUUGUGGUGCAAGUGGGCGCCUCCAACGCACAGGACCUUGUGCGAUUUGUCGAUCUCAUCCACGAGCAUGUGGACGCGAUCGGGCUCAACUGCGGGUGUCCGAUCCGCGACCAGGUUCGCGAGGGGAUCGGCGCCGCCCUCAUGUCGCAGCCGGAAAACGUGGCGCUGAUGGUGCGCGCCGUGAAAGAAAAGUACGGUGCGCGCGUGCUUGUCGAGACGAAAAUCCGCAUCCAUCCCGAUCUCCAAGAAACACUUCGGUGGGUCAAGUUGGUGGAGGAGGCGGGUGUGGACUGGAUCACCGUGCACGGCCGCACGCGCACGACGAGGCUGUCGCAGCCGGCCAACUGGGCCGCCAUUGCCGAGGUGAAGAAGGCGGCGUCUGUUCCUGUGGUGGCCAACGGCGACUGUUUUUCGCUCGAGGACGCGCGGCGCAUGGCGCGCGAAACCGGGUGCGACGGCGUCAUGGCGGUGCGAGGCAUUUUGGCCAACCCGGCGCUUUUCUCGGGGCGCGCGCGCCCACCUUGGGGCGCCGUCGAACACUUUUUCGAUUUGGCCGCCUCCUACGGCUUGCCUUUCCGCGUGGCCCAGCAUCACUUGGCCCAGAUGAUGGAGCAGUUGGUUCUGCGCCGCUAUUUGCGUGAGUUUGGUGACAUCUCUUGCUGGGUUGAUAUGGUGGAAUGGUUUGACCAGAGGUUUGAUUUGAAGCGCCGCGGCGACGUGGAUUUUGGCGUGCGCGAAGAGAUUCCCUGGAAAGACGAGAGGGAAAAGAGAAAGGCAACGAGGGAAGAAAGGGAGGAGAAGAUGUGA